AUGGCUGCCCUCAGGCCCCUGGUGAAACCCAAGAUCGUCAAAAAGAGGACCAAGAAGUUCAUCCGAGGGAUUGACAACAGGGUGCGGAGGAGAUUCAAAGGCCAGAUCUUGAUGCCCAACAUCGGUUACGGCAGCCACAAGAAAACGAAGCACAUGCUGCCCAGCGGCUUCCGGAAGUUCCUGGUCCACAAUGUCAAGGAGCUGGAAGUGCUGCUGAUGUGCACCCAGCCGGCCAUCAGAGUCACCAAUCCCAACAACGCCAGGCUGCUCAGUGAAGAGAACGAGUAG